AUGCCAACCAAAUUUAAUGGGCUAUUGGACCACGGCGGCCUGGAAGAUGUCAACCUCCACACUACGACCUGGAAGCCAGUGCGAACUGCGCGAUGGAGUAUCGAUGCCGUACGCCCAGAGUUCCUAUCCCUUCGGCCUGGCAGUCCAAAGAAACAAUCAACUCGGCCAACAGCAUGGCUAGACGGCUUAAGAGGCUUUGCGGCGUUGAUGGUCUACAUCCACCACAAUCAGCUUUGGUCUCACGGCGGCAAAGGAAACCUCAUCUACGAAAACGGCUUUGGCUAUGAAGGCAGGCACUAUUUUGCAGCUCUUCCAUUUGUACGCCUAUUUUUUUCCGGUGGGCACUUUGCUGUUGCUAUAUUCUUUGUCAUCUCAGGAUACGUCCUUUCGGUUAAGACUUUGAGCCUCAUUCAGAGAGGUCAAACGCAGCACGCUGCAGAUGGUAUCGGUUCGGCACUGUUCCGCCGCUGGCUACGGUUAUACAUUCCAAUCAUUGCCGUCACCUUCCUUUGGAUGUGUCUACGACACUGGACUAAGAUCUGGGUUGACAUGCGUGACAUGAAUGGAACCUUUCGCGAAGACGUCAGGACUUGGUAUCAGACAUUCAAGAAUUACAGCUUCGUCUUCUCUACCAACAUUUACGAAUUUACGGAGCCCUAUCACCCACACACGUGGUCAAUACCCAUCGAGUUCAAGGGAUCAAUCAUCGUUUACACUGCACUUUCUGCGUUCGCCAAAUGUUCCCAGAAUGCCCGGCUAUGGUGCGAAGUGGGCCUUAUCUUCUACUUCCUCUAUAUUGUCGACGGCUACUUCGGCGCGCUUUUCAUGUCCGGCAUGCUACUUUGCGAUCUCGACCUCCUCGCUCAAGACGAAAAACUACCGCGCUUUCUCGCAAGGCUAGCAGGAUUCAAGGAGCUCAUCUUCUUCCACUUGUUCAUCAUUGCGCUUUAUCUUGGCGGUGUACCAUCGUACGACCCGCCUGGCAUCGAUCGCGUAGCCAUUCUUGCCAAGUCUCCCGGAUGGAUAUGGUUGUCACGCCUAAAACCACAAGCCGUGUUUGAUGCCAAGUGGUUCUAUCUCUUCUGGGCGGCCUUCCUCGCCGUCGCGUCGGUACCACGACUUCCAUGGUUGAGGUAUUUUUUCGAAACGCGCUUCUGUCAGUACCUCGCCCGUAUCUCCUUUGCACUAUACUUGGUGCAUGGCCUCAUGAUUUGGACGCUAGGCGACCGCAUCUAUGCUGCAGCAGGGCUAGAAAGACCAAGUCAUAAGGACGGCAUUCCCGGGUGGGCAAACAAAUUUCCGUUGUCGAAAAGGGGACCCAUGGGCCUCGAAUUGGCGUUUUGGGUGCCACAGAUUGUCAUUCUGCCUGCCACGCUGUAUAUGGCUGAAGUUGUUACGAAAUUAAUUGACGAGCCGAGCGUCAAAUUUGCGAACUGGGUUUACAGAAAGGCCUUAUCGCAGACUCAGGCGCCAAAACAAUGA